AUGGAUCUCAACUCAGUCAAAGACCUCAAAGACGUCCUCCGACCUGAUUUCUUCCACGGCUAUGCCACAGCAGCAGCCCAAAUAGAAGGUGCCUGGAACAAAGACGGCAAAGGCAUCUCAAUCUGGGACGAAUUCAGCCACACGCCAGGCAAGAUCGCCGACGGAAGCAACGCCGACGACGCCGUACGAGCUUACGACUUCUACCGCGAAGAUGUAGCCCUGAUGAAAUCCUACGGCGUGAACGCCUACCGCUUCUCCCUAGCCUGGUCACGCAUCAUCCCAUUGGGCGGCAAAGACGACCCAGUCAACGAGGAAGGAAUCAAGUUCUACUCCGACCUGAUCGACGAGCUCCUCCGCCAUGGGAUCACACCUUUUCUCACUCUCUUCCACUGGGAUAUCCCCCAAGCACUGGAAGAUCGAUACGGGGGUAUGCUGAACCAGGAGGCAUACACGCCGGACUUUGUCCGAUACGCCCGUGUCUGCUUCGAGCGCUUCGGUGACCGCGUCAAGCAUUGGAUCACAUAUAACGAGCCUGGCGUGUAUACACUUGCUGGAUAUGCGGCGGGAGUGCAUGCACCCGGUAGAUCAUCAUUUCGCGAGCGCAAUGCGGAAGGCGAUUCAUCCACUGAGCCUUUCAUCGUCGCGCAUACGGAAUUGGUAUCACAUGGCCGUGUCUCGCGCUUGUAUCGCGAGGAGUUCCAGCCUGAGCAGAAGGGGAUUAUUGGAAUUACAUUGCAUGGCAAUUGGUCUGAGGCUUGGGACGAAGAGGACCCACGCGACCAAGAGGCUGCGGAGCGAGCGCGUGAAUUUGAAAUUUCCUGGUUUGCGGACCCGCUUUAUAAGACUGGGGAUUAUCCUGCGUCGAUGCGUGCGCAGCUGGGUGAUCGGUUGCCUAGGUUUACGGCCGAAGAGUCGAAGCUUGUGCUUGGGAGCUCGGCGUUUUAUGGGAUGAACAGUUAUACGACUUUUUUCAUGAAGCACACGGAUGCGCCGCCUGAUAUCAAUGACCAUAAAGGGAAUGUGGAAAUUCAUGAUGAGAAUAAGCAGGGUGUGCCUCGUGGGGAGGAGAGUGAUACUCCGUGGCUGCGUGCUUCGCCUUCUGGAUUCCGGAAGUUGUUGAAUUGGAUCUAUAAGCGAUACCAGAUGCCGAUCUAUGUUACUGAGAAUGGAACUACCGCCAAGGGUGAGGUUGCGCCUACGCCUGAGGUUCUGGAGGAUACGUUCCGGAUCAGUUUCUUUGAGGGUUAUGUUGGUAAUGCGUUGGCGCGGGCUGUGAAAGAGGAUGGAAUUGAUGUUCGGUCUUACUUUGCUUGGACCUUUACUGAUAAUUGGGAAUGGGCAGCUGGAUAUGCGGAUCGUUUUGGCUGUACAUGGAUUGACUUUGUGUCUGAGGAGAAGACACGAUAUCCGAAGCAGUCUGCCUAUUACUUAGAUAAGUUGUUCAAGCACUUGAUCAAAGAUGCAUAG